CUCGAGACUUUCAAAAUGACAACACUUGAAGUCAUUCCAGAAGAAAUCUUCUCUAAACCAAGGAUGCGUCAACCAGGACGAGGAUCAAGUUUAUAUCAGCUCAGUAUUAGCAGAGCACCUGAACUUCGCUGCAUAAACAGUCCUGUAAAAUCGUGUGGAGUUUGCGAGGACUGUUGUUUAGGCGCAAAACUGAAUCACACCAAAGAAUGGUUUUGUCGUUGUGGUGAACCCGUCAAAAGGAAAUACCUUCUGAGUCUUGCCCAACGAUUUGAUUCUCUAGAUUUGUUCGAGUAUAUCACCUCUUUGUUGCAAUCGUUUCAGUACAAAGACUUCACUUAUAUGCGAUCAAGAAGUAAACCGAGUUUGAUAAUCGAUGGUUCAAGCGCGCCGACGAAUCACGCUUUAAACGAAGACGAAUUAUCACAGACAGUAGAGGAUUACAUGGAGUGGUUUUCAAGGAGUACCUACUGGACUAAAGCAAAUUAUAUGUUGGGUUUAAUGCAGUUGUGUGAUACCCAUCUUCUACAUAUUUUAGCUACUAAGACUAGAGCUUUGUGCGAACGGGAACGGAGAAAACAGAGGGCUUUUGAGGAUGGAAUAAUUGGUAGAGAUGAUGAUGAAUACAUGUCCUUGCACAGUUAUUUGUCUGACAGUAGUGCUUCACUUGAGAGAGAAACUAAAAGUAACAAAUUCCUGGUCACAAAAUCUUUAGCUAGUCAUUCAGACAUAAAUGAUGCUCCUUCUAUAGAAAUGAACUCAAUAGUGAGUGAAGAAAUUGAAUUUAGCAAAAGGAAAUCCUCAAGAGAAUCAAGUGCAGCAAAAUCUCAAUCUUACAAAGGAACGAACUCUGAAGCCAUAACAUUGGAUACCGGAUCUCAAGCCUCCACAGGAUAUGGAGGAAGUCCCAUGUCUCGUUGUCAAUCAAGAUCCAUUCCACCUUCUAGACAGUCUUCACGAAGGCCUGCAAAUGACAUGACAGAUUUUGAAAGAGAAUUUUUUUCUGAAGAUUACAUGUCAGGUGAUGAAGGGGAUUUCAUCAACUCUUUGACACAGAAGGAAUCUUUGGAAUCUGAUUGUAUAGGCUUUGAAAAGUACAAAGACUUUUUAAGAUGUUUACCAGUUCAUUUGUCCAAGAGAAUUCUAGGUAUGUUAGACAAGAACAGUUUAACAAACUGUUUAUGUCUGAGCAAACAUUGGAGGGGUCUUACUGAAGAAGUCAAACAAGACUACAUGGUUCAUCAAUUAAUGACUGAAGAGAUCAUGUUAAUGCAGGGAGCAUCAGCAAAGGGUAUGAACCCAAGAUAUGCUAAGUGUGUUCCUGUUCAUGUACCUCUAGAACUCACAGAAAACACCAAAGAAGUGCUUAAUCUUAGUUACAAAUCACACAAAGUUAAAAAGGUCAGACAUCACAACCUACAAGAAUGUUAUGAAGGAGUUCCAACCAAAGAAGUUAGGAUGGAAGAGAGAAACAUUUACUGUGGAGCAUAUAAUGUGCUAGUGCUCCAAGACAUGGAGGACCCUAACCGAUGUGCAAACUUCAAUGGUGGGAGACUGGUUGUGUCUGGAUCAUAUGACAGACGCGUUCGACUCAUAGAUGCAGCCACAGGCAAGAUUGAGAGGACCAUUCAAGGCCAUGCAGGGUCCAUACGCUGUGUUUAUGUGUCUGAGGAGAGGGGAAUUGUACUGAGUGGUGGUUAUGAUACAUCAAUAAGAUGCUGGGAUAUAAGUAGGGGGAACUGCAAGUGUAUUUUCAGAGGUCACCGAGCCACAGUUCUUUGUAUUGCUCUCUAUGGGAACCAUCUAGCCUCAGGAUCAAGAGACAAGAGCGUGAAAGUUUGGAACUUCGCUACUGGAAAGUGUCGGAGGACCUUUCGACAUCGUCACGUGGUACAAACGGUUCAUGUAUCCGACACUCUUGUUGUGAGCGGCUGUGAAGGAGGGAAAGUUAAAGUAUGGGACAUAGAGCAGACGACACUUCUAAAGUCCCUCGACGGUCAUCAUGGAGCCAUCACAUGUGUGAAGUUCGACGACUAUCACAUCCUAACUGGCAGUUUAGAUUGUUACGCCAUGGCUUGGAGCGCUGUUGGAAAACACAAAAAAUGUCUACAAGCAUUCAGACACCCAAAGGAAGUUUUAUGUCUGGAGUUUCUCUUCUGUCGAGUUCUGACUGGCUCUGCUGACGGGAAGCUACGCAUCUGGAAUCUUUUGAACGGCGACUGUUUAAGAAUUAUACGCGGAAAUAGUAAGAAUGACGCUCUCACCACCAUCAGAGCGUCAGGAGAUAGCAUGAUAGUCAACACGCUGAGCAACCUUUUGAUUUUCAACUUCGAGGCGGUCGAGUGGGAUUACAACUUAGACCCCGAGCGACCCGAAGGACUUGGUAAUUUAAACAACUAUGCCAAGACUCCGCCUCGCAGGUUGGCGCGUUCACAUGUGCGCGCGCAUAAACUUAUGCGCGCUGACACCAAAGAUAGUUUGGCUUCCCGGCCUCCCUCACGGUCAGCUUUAAUGUCCGAUCAUGUCACGACCUUAUAUCCACCAAACAGUUCACCGCUGCGGAUCUCAAGCGCCCCUCCACGAAUAAAACACCAAGAGAGCACCAUAAACAGCAUGAACGCGCAUGUGCGCAGAAUUUUAAACGCCCACAAAGAACAAAAGCCUCGUCCCCAAUCUUCGCCGGUCGUAACCUCUCAAAGAACACGAACGCGGGCAGAAUAUGACGUACCACCAACAGACAUCGACGGUGAUCUUAGAUCUACCAUGAUUAUCACCAAAGUCACGCGGUCGACUCCCAAACCCUCAUCAUUCCCAGACAGUAGACAUUCUCAGGUCAUUACGCGAAGUCGCUCAGCUCCUGCGUAUCGUACUCAAGUUUUACCUCCCGGGAAACGCGGUUGGACCACGUCUGCCGCGGAGCCCCUCAAAGCGCCUGAGAAUAAGAUCAUGGUGAGCGCGCAGCAGGCUCGGGAGAAGAUCGCUAAGAUGCGACCUCACAGUGCGCAAGUACAUUCGACCAAAGAAUCCAUUUCGCUCAAUCCAGUUAAGAGUCUGUCUUGCUUAAAUUUAAAGACGUACAGCACUCAGUUGCAGUUUGAGCAGAACUUACAACAAGAUUCAUCGCGUGACAAGCUAAGACGCGUGACAUUAGACGGAACUCACCGUCCAAAAUCGUGCAUUCCCUGUGUGAGGUAACGCAGUACACCUAGCUACGUGGCAAGGUCGAAUGACGCACAACUUAAUAGACCUGAAUAGAAUGGAAAAAUAUCUGACUUACAUUACGUACCGGAAUUACAAAUUCAAAAAUCGCCUUAAGUUUGUCAUUUGGUUUAGAUCAGAAGAACUUGAAAUCAUUUUGGAAUAAAAUUUUAUUUUGAUUUAGUUAA